AUGGUUCCAUCAAACGAAGCCGAGAAAUUAACAUGGCCAAAAUCAGGAUUUGAUAGCGAUUGCAACGAAAUCAACACUUUAGAUAUUGAUUCAUUUUUAUAUAAUGAUGAUGAUAUUGAAGAAAUGGUUGAAGCAAAACAAAUAUCAAGAUUAUAUUGUGCAAAAUGUGGAUCGAGAGAAGUUGUUCCACUCAAUUUUAUCAGUCAUAGUUUAAGCAAAGAACAAAUUGAAUUUAUGUUCACAAAACUUCAACCAGACAAUGUUAAUCGAAUUGUUGAUCUUGGAAGUCGAAUUGGAGCUGUGGUAUACGGUAGUUCGAUAUUUUCAAAUGGACAAAAUAAAACAAUUGGAAUUGAGAUGAAUAAAGAAUUGAAUGAAAUAACGAGAAAAACUGUUGAAAAAUUUGGAUUGAAAAAUGUGGAGAUUAUUGAAAACGACUUGAGAAAUGAGGCAAAUGUUUUGAAAAAUGCGGAACUUGUUGUGAUGAAUAAUGUUUUCUCAUUUUUCCUCUCAAAAGCUGAUCAAGAAAAUUGUUGGGAAUUUAUAAAGGAGAACUUGCAAGAGGGAACUAUUUUGUUGCAUCAUCCGGAAAUUGAAAAAGCUACCGAUUAUUUGGAUUUGAGUUUUAAGAUUGAAGAUUGGUUGGAGGAGGUGAGUAAAAUAUAUUUAUUUUUUAUUUUAAUCCAAUUAAAUUUUCAGAUUGAUACAAGUGUUGAUUGUAUUGAAUUCGCUGGGCAAGAUGUUGAAAAAUAUGAGGAUAUUUCGACAAUCAAAAAAUAUAUUGUCAAAAAAAUCGCUUUAGAUUGCUAA